GACGAAGGGUAAUUCGAUAAUGAUGCGAGCAAAGCAACCCGUUUUCCGCGGCUAUCUUCCCCACCGAGAUCGCCACAAUAAUAAAGAAGCAUAAUCGCGCCAUGAACCUCACUCUCUAAUGGCUUUAUUCCUCAGAAGCAAAACUUGCUUGCAAUCUCGUCUCAAAUCUCUAUCCACCUUACUGAGAUUUAACCACACUUUAACUGAAUACACUCAAUUACCCCCUGAAAUGGGGAGCUAUGAUUUUGCUUCUCAACAAAAUUCCAUUAUUGACUUUUCGAAAUGGAAGAAAAUAAACGCAAAGAGUGUUGGUGUGACCCGUUCAAAGAUUCCACCUUCUCCAUGGAUUGUUUUGAAAAUUCUGCAUGAUAAGGGAUUUGAAGCUUACUUAGUUGGUGGAUGUGUGAGAGAUUUGCUUCUAAAUAGAAUACCUAAAGAUUUUGAUGUGAUCACCACAGCUAAGCUUAAACAGGUUAAGAAGCAAUUCAGAAGAUGUGAGAUUGUUGGACGACGUUUCCCUAUAUGCAUGGUGCACAUCAAAGGAUCAGUAGUUGAGGUUUCCAGUUUUGAGACAGUCGCAAAGCAUGCUGAAGAAAAAGAGAAGUUUCUCUUAUCUCAAAUGCCAAGUAGCUGUGAUGAAAAAGACUUCAUCCGCUGGAGAAAUAGUAUGCAUCGAGAUUUCACAAUUAACAGUUUAUUCUUUGACCCUUUCAUGGAUAAAAUCUAUGAUUAUGCUAAUGGCAUAGCAGAUUUAAGGUCCUUCAAGCUAAGGACCCUAAUCCCUGCUCCUUUGUCUUUCAAAGAAGAUUGUGCGAGAAUCUUGCGAGGAUUGAGAAUUGCAGGACGUUUGGGCUUGUCAAUAUCAAGGGAAACAACACUUGCAAUACGUGAACUUUCAUCUUCUCUAAAGAAUUUGAAUAAGGGUAGGAUAAUGAUGGAAUUGAACUACAUGCUAUCUUAUGGAGCUGCUGAGACUACCAUCUGUUUGCUUCGAAGAUUCAACCUACUUGAACUGUUUUUUCCAUUUCAUGCGGCAUACUUUAAUCAACAGGCUGCUGAAAAAUCUCAGAGUCCCAUGAUGCUGAUGAAAUUGUUCUUCAAUUUGGAUAAAGUGGUUGGCUGUGAUCGACCUUGUGAUUACACUCUAUGGGUUGGACUGUUAGCUUUUCACCAAGCAUUAGUAUCUGACCCACAAGAUGCUCUUGUUAUCUGGGUCUUUGCUUCUGUACUGUAUCAUGGAUCAUGGAAGGAAGGUGUUAAAUUUGCAAGAGAAGGUGCUAAACCGCAAUAUAAAUUUGCACCUGAGAUGUCAGGGUUCUCUGAAUUUAAAUCAGAUGAAGAACUUGCAAAAGAAGUUAGUCAUUUAGCAGCUUUGGUUCGACAUUCCAUUGGUGCUUUGGUUAAUUUAGAUAUUCUUGCUCAGUCCAUGUUGCAAUUUCCAGUUUCCGCAUAUUCUGAUUUGGUAUUUGUAUCAAGGAAUGCGGGAAGUUAUGUUUCUCAACUUUUUGAUGAGUUGGUGGAUGAUGUUGAAUCUUUUGAAAGAGGAAGGAAGAGUUUUAUGAUUGACUACUACCUGCUUGGGAAGGGAAAUCUACACGAGACUAGAUGCGUUCUUGGCCAAGUUAUUUUGGAAACUUUGAGUGGUGGACUUGCUAAAGAAGGAAUGGAGGUUGCCGAGGAGAAAUGUGAUUUGGAACUGUCUGAUAUGGUAAAGCAUCAAAUUGACAUUUGGAAGGAUAAAAAGCGAAUCCUAUCAAGAUCCGAUUCAGAACAAAUGCAAGAGAGAGAUAAGAAACAAAAAUUGGUAAUGACAAAAAGCAUAUCUGAGCCAGAGGUGGAUAUAAAGAAGGAAGUGAGAGUUGUUAAAAAUGAGUCCAAGGAGAUGGCUAAGAAGCACCAAAAAGUAGUUGACACAAGUGAAUUAUCUGAAGGAGAACUAAAUAUGAUCAAAGGGAAUAUAUUAGGGAAAAAAAAGCAUCAUAUGCAACGGCAAGAGAGUGAUAAAAAGAACAAAACUUUUCGAGAAGAGAAGUGCCAGGAGAAGAUUAGAGAACCUGUGAACCAUAAUCAAUUAAAUGUGUCUGGCAGUAGUAAUGUAGGCAGUGACAAGAAUAUUAAGCGGAAAGAGAAGAUCGAUCGCCACGCACUAUUGCCGGAGGUGAUCAAUGGUAAGACUGAAAAAGUGAAAAGCGGCCGGACUUUGCUGUCUGAACUUUUCAAGCAAUAACUGUUUUGUUUAUUGUAAAAUACGCUAAAGAACCUUGGGGAACAGCAUUCGCCAUCUUCUUUUCCCCCUCUUUCAGUUAAAGCACAUUCCAACAAGUAACAAAAUUGCCAUGAAGCUAUGAAGUGAAUGGUUUUCAGUAACACCUAAAGGCUCGUGAUAGCUUGUCGACAUUGCGAAUGUAACAUAUUUUUAAUAUAAGCAGAUUCUUUCUUUCUGCAGUUUGGUUAGAAAUAUCAUGAGAAUCCCAUAUGGAUAUCAAAAUGUUGUACCAUAAUGUUCUCUUAGGCUACUUUUUGACUAGUGUUAGAGCAGCAAAUAUCUUUAGCAAGCCAUACAAUUUUGGGACAGUUAAUGGAUGUAUGCUGUGCGCUUAAUGGAUUAGGAAAUGAAGAGGUUUAUCUUUGUGUGCUGAA